AUGUCAUCCGUUUCUUACGGUGUAGCAUCGGCCUCGGGAAUGAGGAAUGACCAGGGCUGCAGCCGUGCGCGCGAGGAUGCGAGCAUCAAGGUCGACUACCACAGGCGUGGUCCUCUCCGACACGCCUACGCCCCCUUUCGACAGGAGUUGAGGACAGAUCUUCAAUCUCUAGGUUUGUACGCCGUACAACCCGAUCGGGAUGUGCAGAAUGGACGAGGGAGGAUUGCGACCGCUCCUCUUGCUUCCUGCAUCCUGCAUGCUGGACUCGUCGAUUUGGAUUUGGAUUUGGAUUUGGAUUUGGAUCGCGCCUUGGUCAGGACUGGAGACUGGGGACUGUUGGAGGUGACUGGUGUCGGACAAUCGAGGAAUCCGUCAUUAUCCUCCGGGCCUGUUGGACUGGACUUUGGCCCCUCCCGCGACAAGCCCCCUCUCCCCGGCCACGUCUUGACCGGUGAGGCCCAGCGAAAGCACGGUUUCCAUGCCCGGCACUCUCAGUUCUCACACGAGUCAACUUUCAGCCAAAAGCCUGGGGGCCGCGCGCUCCCGCUUCUCCCCCAAUAA